AAAUCUGAGUAAAUCUGUGAAAAUCCAACUUGAAAGAAAACGAGUUUGCCUUCGUGUUUGACUUCCCAACGGCUCCGGUGAAUAAAAUAAAGCGAAACGUCAUACUGUAAAUGGAGAGGAGAUACAAUGCAUUCAGGCUGAAAGUGGUUCGGCGACCUUGUAUCUUUGCAACAAAUGGGACUUUGAUUUGUGAUGCAUUGUCACACCCGGUGCUUCUGUUUACAUUUUACUGAAUUCGAGUCUCCUUGAAGCCUGUGCCGUGCCCGCGCGUUGAGUGCCGCAGAUGCUUAUUGGAAGCGCUGAAGUAGAAUGCAAAUUCCAUUUCGUGCGACGGAGGCUUCACAGUUUCGGUAUGAGGAGAGCUGACCUUAUCUUCAAGUAAAGAAAUCGACCCACGCCGUUAAUAAAGAGACUCCUACGCGCCGCCACUUCGAAUUGCGUCGUCGGACACAAAACACUACGAUGAGAACGAAACUAGACGAAAUCCUAACACUUCCGACUUGUUAUUCAAUGCUGUGCAUGUCUGUUCACAAGUAAAAGUUACUUUUUAUUAAAACUGUGUAGUUUUAUCAAACUUAGUGGGUGCUGAGAAGUGUUACCGUGUAAUUUGCUAUUAAAUUGGUUGUUUGCACUAAGAGUCAAGGUUACUGUAUUUCAAUCAACAUUUGGAGUUCUUCAUUCAAUCUGUCUUUCUGGUACUUAACUCAAGCCCUCAGAAGUUAUCCAAAAUUAAUCAACAUGGUUGCAGUAAUAAGAACGAUUUCAAAAUCAAAUUAAAGUGAGCAUCGAAACCAAAGUUCGAGACACUUUUUAAAAACCGUCAAAAUAAAGAAAUCAUCAGCAUUCCUGUGCUACAAAGCGAGAAUGGAUGACAACGAUGUUAUAAUAUCGUCCACUGAGAUAAUUAAAGACAGACUUUACUUCGCGACGCUCAAGACCGGGUACAAACCGAAGCCUACGCGGAACAGCAAGUAUUUCCACAUCGAGGAUGACAUCGUCUACGAGAACUUCUACUUCGACUUUGGACCUUAUCACCUGUGCCAUUUGUAUCAAUUCUGCAAGAAGCUCAACGAGGAGUUGGAGAAAAACCCGAAGAAGAAAAUCGUUUACUACACGAGCAACAAUGAAACCCUCAGGCUCAAUGCGGCGUAUCUCAUCGGGUGUUAUCAGAUAAUCUACCUGGACGGCAGUCCGGCAGCGGUGUACAAGAACCUGACCGAUGGCUCUGACUGGUCUCUCCUAAGUUUCCGUGACGCGUCGGGCGGGCCGCCGCUGUUUGACAUAUCUUUACUAGACGUCCUGCAUGGCAUUAAGGUGGCUCACGACGCGCGUUUUUUCGACUUCGAGCACUUCGACGCUGAUCAGUACCUGUUCUAUGAGGUAGGAGAGCAAAAACCUGUAGUGUGCAAAAACCUGACCGAUGGCUCGGACUGGUCCCUUCUAAGUUUCCGCGACGCGUCGGGCGGGCCGCCGCUGUUCGACAUAUCUCUGCUAGACGUCCUGCAUGGCAUGAAGGUGGCCCACGACGCGCGCUUCUUUGACUUCGAGCAUUUCGACGCUGAUCAGUACCUGUUCUAUGAGGGUAUUAGCCAAGGGUUCUUAUUGACGCCGCUGUUCGACAUAUCUCUACUGGACGUGCUGCAUGGCAUGAAGGUGGCUCACGACGCGCGCUUCUUCGACUUCGAGCACUUCGACGCUGAUCAGUACCUGUUCUAUGAGGUAAGAGAGGAUGAUUAG